AUGCUCUCUUUGAUCCGUUUCGCUUUUGUGUUUUCAGCCCUUCUGGGUUUGGCCCAGGCAGCUUUGCAUCCUAUUGAAGUCAAGGGAAAUGCCUUUUUCAACUCCAAGUCCGGAGACCGUUUCUUCAUUCGUGGUGUGGACUACCAGCCAGGUGGAUCCUCAAACUUGACUGAUCCUCUCGCAGAUGAAGAUGUUUGCUCCAGAGACGUCCCUUAUUUCAAGGAUUUGGGAAUCAACACCAUUCGUGUUUAUUCCGUGGACAACUCUGCUGACCAUGAUGCCUGUAUGAAGCUGUUGGAUGACGCUGGGAUCUACCUCUUGCUUGAUGUGAACACCCCCGAUGCUUCCAUCUCCAGAUUGGAUCCAGGAUGCUCUUACAACUCUGACUACUUGCAGAACGUUUUUGCCACAAUUGACGCUUUUGAAUCCUACGACAAUGUGCUUGGUUUCUUUGCUGGAAAUGAGGUGAUUAACAAUGUCGAUACUCUGUUUGCCGCUCCAUACGUUAAGGCCGUGGUCAGAGACAUGAAGAAGUAUAUCAAAGCCAGGUCUUAUAGAUCAAUUCCUGUUGGCUAUUCUUCGGCUGACAUUGCCUCUGUCAGAGUGGAGUUGGCCCAUUACUUCAACUGUGGUAACGAUACCAAUGCCAGAGUCGACAUGUUCGGUAUCAACGAUUACUCGUGGUGUGGACAUUCCUCCUUCAGCGUUUCUGGAUACUCCGAGAAGGUCUCUCUCUAUGAAGGAUACUCGGUACCUAUGUUCUUGUCCGAGUACGGCUGUAACGAGGUCUCAGGUGCCAGACCAUUCACCGAAGUCGGCUCCAUCUACUCGACCCAAAUGAGUGGUGUAUUCUCUGGAGGUCUGGUGUACGAAUACUCCGAGGAAGGAAGCAAUUACGGUUUGGUGACCAUCGAUGGUGACAGUGUUACCACUUCCACCGAUUUCGACAACCUCAAGUCGGAACUGAACUCCACCUCCAACCCAUCUGGCGAUGGUGGUUACUCCAAGAGCAACUCCAUUUCCAGCUGUCCAACCGACUGGAACUUCACCAUUGCUGUCCCAGACACUCCUGAUGGAGCGGAAACCUAUUUCAAGAAUGGUGCAGGGACUCCUCUUGGAUUUGAUGUUGGUGACACCCAGGGAUCCUGUGAUGACGAUGUGACUUUGAUCACCACCACCAAUGUCAAGACUACUUCCUCGAAGACUAAGAGUGUUUCCAAGACAACUACGACUAAGGAGUCUUCUUCGUCUUCGACUGCCACCUCCACCUCUACCACCACCAGCUCUUCCUCCAAGGCCAUGGCUGCUGCUGCUGAGUAUGGCUCCUUGGCCACACUCUUCACGGUUUUGUGCAGUGUUUUGUUGUUGUAG